AUGAGCCAGACAGCGGGAGCCAGACAGCAGGAGCCAGAAAGCAGGAGCAAGAAGGCAGGGGCCAGACAUCAGGAGCCAGACAGCAGGAGACAGAGAGGAGCAGCCAGAGAGAAUAGCCACACAGCAGGAGCCAGACAACAGCAGGAGCCAAACAGCAGGAACUAUAAAACAGGAGCCAGACAGCAGGAGCCAGAAAACAGGAGCCAGACAACAGGAACCAGACAACAGGGGCGAGAAACCAGGAGCCAGACAGCGGGAGCUAGACAGGAGCCAGCCAGACAGCAGAACCAGACAGCAGGAGCCAGAAAGCAGGAGACAGACAGCAAAAGCCAGAAAGCAGGAGCCUCACAGCAGGAGCCAGAAAGUAGGAGCCAGAAAGUAGGAACCAGAAAGCAGAGCCAGACAGCAGGAGCAAGAAAGCAGGGUCAGAUAGCAGGAGCCAGACAGCAGGAGCCAGACGGUAGGAUGCAGACAGCAGAAGCCCGAAAACACAAGCCACAAAGUAGGAGCCAGAGCCAGACAGCAGGAGACAGAGAGGUGCAGCCAGACAGAAUAGCCACACAGCAGGAGCCAGAAAGCAGGAGCCAGAACGCAGGAGCAUCACAGCAGGAGCCAGAAAGUAGGAGCCAGAAAGUAGGAACCAGAAAGCACAGCCAGAUAGAAGGAGCAAGAAAGCAGGGUCAGAUAGCAGGAGCCAAACAGCAGGAGCCAGACGGUAGGAUGCAGACAGGAGAAGCCAGAAAACACGAGCCACAAAAAAGGAGAGCCAGACAGAAGGAGCAAGAAAGCAGGGUCAGUAAGCAGGAGCCAGACAGCAGGAGCCAGAACGUACGAGCCAAACAGGAGCCAGAUAGCAGAGCCAGACUGCAGGUGCUAGACAGCAGGAGCCAAACAGCAGGAACUAUAAAACAGGAGCCAGACAGCAGGAGCCAGAAAACAGGAGCCAGACAACAGGAACCAGACAACAGGGGCGAGACACCAGGAGCCAGACAGCGGGAGCUAGACAGGAGCCAGACAACAGGAGCCAGCCAGACAGCAGAACCAGACAGCAGGAGCUAG